UUGUGUGCGAAUUAUCAGUUGGUUUAGACGUGUUUGGUCGCAUCAAAAAAAAAAAAAAAAACUCUAAAAAAGCGACGCAACGCAACGCGGCCAAAUUUGAUUUAUAUUUUUGUUCAGUUUUUUCAAUAAUUAUUAAGAUGUUUUUAGUUUAUUAAUAGCUAAAGUGAAUUAUUUUUGGCUUAGAUAUUUUGAACGAAAUAACAAAAUUUGUUCAAAUACUAAAUUUAAAACCAGCAGCCAGAUGUUUGUGGUUUAAGGCAUAAAAAGCAAAUGCAGAACUAUAAUUUAAAAUCAAAAAGUAGUAAAUUGUUUUAAACAAACUAAAAAUUUAAAGAAAAAUCAAAAGUUUUUCAUCAUAAAAUGAUGUGGAACCCUUAAUACAAUAACAAACAAAAAGAAACAUCUCAAAACUAAUAAAAAAAAAAAUAGAAAUUAAUGCAUAUUUUGAACGUGAUUAAAAACAAGAUCUAUGGGAAUUUUAAAUUCCAUCAACAAAAAGGAAAAUCUGUGAAACAGAAAAUAAAAUUCAAACCAACCAACACACCAAUAAAUUAACUUAAGUAAGAGCCACAGUAGUAACUACUUCGAGCUCCUCUUACUCCCUACGAAAGGCAGCAAACAGUAAUCAGUCAACCAACAGCUAAACCAACCACAAUAUUUAAACCACUGAAAUUCAGGAGAACUGGUUAGGAGAAAGAGAUGCCAAUGGAUAAUAAUACAAAUAAACUCAUAAACAAUGGUUAUCUACGAACACCAUACAUUACCAAAAACAAUGGACAUGGCUCAGCCACAACCAACCGCACUAAUAAUGCCGAUGAUGAUGGAGGAGGCGGCGGCGGAGGUCGAGGCGGUGGUGUUGGCUCAAUAAAAGAAAUUGAUGCAGCUACUGUAAUAUCACCUUUAUUGGGUGCUGAAAACAAAUCGGAAUUGUCCGAAACAGAAGUCAUGCAUCACUCAUCAACGCCACUGCAACAACAGCAACAACAACAGCCACCAAUAUCAUCAGCAUGUGCCAAUAAUGUGGGUCAUAUGAAAUUCCCCACCGUUGUCUACUUGGGCACCGACAGUGGCAAACCCCUUACAGCAGUUGGCCCCACCACAAAUGCCGCAAUAACAACACAACUACAACACAAUGCUCCUGUCAACACCUACAACAUCUCAACACAUUCGCCACACUCUACACCCCACCAGAGCGAAUGGUUACUUAAAGAAUCCACCCUCCGAUGUAGACUGUUGGUUUUGGCUGUAGCCUUAACUGUUUUAGGGGCUGCCAUCGGAGCGUUGGCAAUUUAUUUUGCAGGCAAUUAUCGUUGUCAAACUACAACCCAAACAAUAGAUAAAAGCCGAAAUAUCAACAGCAACAUCAACAGCAACAACAACAACCACAAUAACACAGAUUUAACAUGUGAAAGAGAUGAUAUUUGUCUGACUGAGGAAUGUGUGAGAACGGCGGCUUAUUUACUAUCAGCCAUGGACACUUCAGCCAAUCCAUGUGAAAACUUCUUUCAAUAUGCCUGUGGUACAUGGAAUAAAGUGCAUAUAAUACCAGAAGAUCGAAGUUCUAUAAGUACAUUCGAGGUUCUAGCCGAUCAACAACAGGUGAUUCUAAAAGGAGUUUUAGAAGAGCCCAUUAAUGACAUGGAUAAUCAGGCCACCAUUAAGGCAAAAAUGUUUUACAAAAGUUGUAUAGACAUACCCCAAAUACGCAAAAUUGGUGAAGGUCGGCUUAAGAAUGUUCUGAAAUCUUUGGGCGGCUGGCCGGUAAUAGACCCUGAUUGGAAAUCACCAAACAUGACAAUUGAGGAAUUGAUUGGCACUCUCCGAGGCACUUAUGGUGAACCUGUACUAGUUGAACUUUAUGUGGGUGCGGAUGAUAAAAAUUCUUCAAUACACAUUCUGCAAAUUGAUCAAUUUACCUUAGCCUUGCCUUCGCGAGAUUAUUAUCUGAAAUCUAGCAGUGAACAUGAUUUGAAAGCCUAUCAUCGCUAUAUGACCCAAACGGCCAUAUUAAUGGGUGCCAAUCCCAAAACAGCAGCCCAAGAACUGAAUGAUGUUUUACAAUUGGAGGUGAAAUUGGUGAAUGCCACACUACCCGAAGCCGAUCGUCAUGAUACCAGUGCCAUUUAUAGAAAAAUCAAUUUGAAGGAACUGCAACAGGAAGUGCCACAAAUCAAUUGGACUUUGUUUUUGCAGACCGCCUUGGGCAAGGAAAUGAUUUUAAAAGAUAAUGAGGAACUUGUUAGUUAUGCCAUGCCUUAUUUGGUGGAUAUGGGUAAAAUACUCAAUGAAACGGAUGAAAGAGUGCUGCACAACUAUGUGCUAUGGCGUCUGGUCAUGUCAAUUAUGACGCACAUGAUCGAUGACUAUCAAAAGGAGCGUGUAGAGUUUCGUAAAAUUCUUUUAGGCAUACAAACGGAACGUGUGCGUUGGUCACAAUGUGUUGACUGGACCAAUAAAAAGUUGGGCAUGGCCGUGGGUACCCUGUUCAUAAGGGACAAUUUCAAUCAGAAUAGCAAAGAUACAGCCUUGGAAAUGAUACACACCAUUAGGGAGGCAUUCAAUGAACUGCUCAGUGAGAAUCAUUGGAUGGAUGAUGAAACCAGGGCGGUAGCUAAAGAGAAGGCAGAUACCAUGAAUGAACGCAUAGGCUAUCCAGAGAUCCUAACAGAUGCCAAGGAAUUGGAAAAAGAGUUUGCAAAUUUGACCAUAGUUCCUGAUAAUUUUAUGGAAAAUGUCUUGAGUAUUUUGAAAUGGGAGUCGGAGAAGAAUAUGCAACUCUUAAGACAACCGGUGGACAAAGAGAAAUGGACUACCGAGCCAGCUGUGGUGAAUGCUUUCUACAAUCCUAAUAAAAAUGAUAUAGUGUUUCCCGCUGGCAUUUUACAACCCUUGUUUUAUAGUCAACAUUUUCCCAAAUCCUUAAAUUAUGGCGGCAUAGGUGUGGUGAUUGGUCAUGAAAUUACCCAUGGUUUUGAUGAUAAAGGUCGCCAAUUCGAUAAAGAUGGCAAUAUGAUGCAGUGGUGGAAUAAUGCCACAAUAGAAGCCUUUCGCGAACGCACCCAAUGUAUCAUAGAUCAGUAUUCCAAAUACAAAAUCGAUGAAGUUGGCCUGUUUAUGAACGGACGCAUGACCCAGGGAGAAAAUAUAGCCGACAAUGGAGGACUGAAGCAAGCAUUUCGAGCCUAUAAAAAAUGGGUGCAACGUCAUGGGCCCGAACAACGUUUACCCGGCUUUAAUCUAACACACGAUCAACUAUUCUUCUUGAAUUAUGCCCAAAUAUGGUGUGGUUCGAUGCGUCCCGAAGAUGCUCUAACUAAAAUACGUUCCUCUGUACAUUCGCCCGGUUCCAUAAGAGUUCUAGGUCCUCUAUCAAAUUCAAAAGACUUUGCCGAAGCAUAUCAUUGUGAGCUGGGUUCGCCGAUGAAUCCCAUCGAAAAGUGUAGUGUGUGGUAAUGAAGAAAGAACAAUGUUAGACAGAUAGAUGGACCCGACCCUGCCAACCAAGCGCUAGAAAUGGAUAUAGUUUAGACAAACACACACAAACACAUACAUAUGUACUUAAAAAUCACAUACACACACACAUAAAUAAUCACAGCAACAAAAUCAAAUAAUUAAGAGACAACAACAAAUAAGCGAAAAGUAAAGAAACCCAACAUGCAUAAAUACACAAAAUUUCAAUCAAUAUCCCUUCAAAUAAAACUAAAAUAAUGCAUUAUGAAUUUAAGUAAAUUAAAAAAGAAAAAUAAAAUAAAUAUAGUAAUGAAAAGAAGAAAAAAAA